CCCGGCCCGUAAAAUUUACUCCUCCAUAUUGAUUGUGGUCGUAGUAGAUCUUCCUCAGUGGACAGUAAACCCUUCUAUUCUCCGCACUCAGCCUUCAUUUGAUCGUACAAUGCAACAGGCGGGAUCAUCGUCGUCGGAGACUGAGGUGACGUGGGAAGAUCAGCAGAAUAUCAAUAAGUUCGGAAGAUUGAACAACCGCCUUCACGAGGUAGAAGAUGAAAUCAAGAUUGCUAAGGAAACAAACGAAAGCCUUGAGGAUGCAGGCAAUGAGCUGAUCCUCACAGAUGAAGACAUAGUUCGGUUCCAAAUAGGCGAGGUUUUUGCUCAUGUGCCAAAAGAGGAAGUUGAAAGCAGGAUCGAGGAGAUGACAGAGAAGACAAGCAAGAACUUAGUAAAACUAGAGGAGGAGAAAGAAUCAAUAGUUGCUCAGAUGGCUGCAUUGAAGAAAAUCUUGUACGGAAAAUUCAAGGAUUCUAUCAAUCUGGAGGAGGAUUAGAUCAAAAGCUGCUCCACCUUGCAGUUGUGAUUUGUCUUUGGAUUGUACUCAGCUGGUGCUGUUAAUUUAACCCUCUAUACUUCUCGUUUGAUGCAUAUGGUUUUUCGGACUUUCGGUUGAAAGGAAGUAUCUUGUCCAUUAAA